AUGGAUAAUGCUAUAAAAAAUUUGUGUUUAUUCCAUUUUCGUGAAGAAAUCAACAAAGCCUUAUUAAAGGGAGAAAAAGAAAAUGUUUUAGAACAAAUUAUAUUAAAAUAUAUUGAUGAAUAUAGAAAGUCUGAAAACAAAAAUAACACACAAAAAGAACCAGAAGAGUGUAGUAUUUGUUAUGGUGAAAUGGAUAAUUGUUAUACCAUUCCUGGAUGUGGACAUAAAUUCUGUUUUGAAUGUGUUCAAGAUACAGUUAAACAAGCACUUCAAGAUAAUCAAGUGGAAGUUCAUUGUCCAGAAGCUGGAUGUACCUCAAAAAUACCAACUUCAGAGUUGUAUGCUAAGUUCUUUACACCAGAAAUGUGUAGUAGAUUUACAGAAAAUUCAAGACGUGUAUUUCUUAAUGCACAAAAAAAUUGUAAGUUCUGUCCUAAAUGUGAAGCAGGGCUGUUAAUGACAGAUAACAAAGUAAAGGUACAAUGUCCUAUUUGUAAAUCCUAUUUCUGUACUAAUUGUUUAUGUGAAUAUCAUGAUGGUUAUACUUGUGAACAAUAUCAAAAAUGGAAAGCUGAAAAUGAUAAGGCAGAUGAAAUGUUCCAAGAAUUUAUUAAAACACAUGGAGAGUGUCCAGAAUGUCAUAUGGUAUGUGAACGUAUAAGUGGAUGUAACUACAUUAAAUGUAUUUGUGGUUGUGGAUAUUGUUAUAAAUGUCACAAAAAGGUUAAACAUUAUUCUCCACACAUUUUAAAGGCUGAUUGCUCUCUUUCAGGUGAAGGUCAUGACUAG